CACAGAUAAAAGACACAUUGUCAUGAACAGUUAUCCCAUUGUGUUCACAUGGUUACAGUGUGAUACCACCAGCAGCUAGAUCUUCAAAACUCAUAUUGACUUCUCUUGUUCCCUCUCUCUCCCUCUCUCUCUUGUAGCAUGGCGGAUAAACAGGAUAAGAGUGAGCUGAAAGCAGAGCUGGAGAGGAAGAAACAGCGCCUGGCCCAGAUCAGAGAGGAAAAGAAGAGAAAAGAGGAAGAGAAGAACAAGAAGAAGGAUGGGUCUGACUCUAAGCGGGAAGGGGAAGGGGGUGGAGUAGGUGCAGCAGAUGACUCUUCUGACCUGGAGAAGAAGAGGAGAGAGGCUGAGGCUCUGCUGCAGAGCAUGGGGAUCACCCCUGAUAUACCCAACACCAAGUCAGUGGGCAGCGAGUCUGGAAGCCAGGACUCUGGAGAUGGAAACUCUAGGCGAGGUUUUAGGCUUGGCAUGGCAAAGGUGACCCAGGUGGAUUUCCCUCCAAAACAGAUGGUGUCCUACUCCAAGGAGACACAGACCCCCGCCGAUACACAAACACACACCCAGGAUAAACCAGCAGAGGAGGAGGAAGAAGAGGAGGAGGAGAUGGUCGAUCCCAAGCCAGCAGAGGACUCCCAGGAGGAGAAAGCUGAUGAGGAGGAGAAGCAGGAAGACGUCCCUCCCAAGGAGUUGACUGAAGAGGAGAAGAUGCACCUGCUCAACUCUGAGGAGUUCAUGACCUUCUUCGAUCGAGGGAGCAGGAUUGUAGAGCGGGCUCUCUCUGAGCGAGUGGACGUCUGCUUCGACUACAGUGGCCGAGACCUGGAGGACAAGGAGGGUGAGAUGCAGGCGGGGGCUAAGAUGUCUCUGAGUAGGGUGUUCUCUGACGAGCGCUGGUCCAAGAACAGAGUAGUCACCUGUCUGGACUGGUCUCCUCAGUACUCUGAGCUGCUGGUGGCCUCCUACAACAACAAUGAAGAUGCUCCACAUGAGCCGGACGGAGUGGCUCUGGUCUGGAAUAUGAAGUAUAAGAAGACCACACCUGAAUACACCUUCCACUGCCAGUCUGCGGUGAUGUCAGCGGCGUUCGCCAGGUUCCAUCCUAACCUGAUUGUGGGUGGGACUUACUCAGGCCAGAUCGUCCUGUGGGACAACAGAAGCAACAAAAGAACAUCUGUACAGAGAACUCCCCUGUCUGCAUCCGCUCACACGCACCCGGUGUACUGUGUGAACGUGGUCGGGACCCAAAACGCUCACAACCUCAUCAGCAUCUCUACUGACGGAAAGAUGUGUUCUUGGAACCUAGACAUGCUGUCUCAACCACAGGACAGUCUGGAGCUGGUGUUUAAGCAGUCUAAGGCAGUAUCAGUGACCUCCAUGGCGUUUCCUCUGGGUGAUGUCAACAACUUUGUGGUUGGGAGUGAAGAUGGAUCAGUCUACACCGCCUGCCGCCACGGGAGUAAGGCAGGCAUCAGUGAUGUGUUUGAGGGACACCACGGUCCAGUCACUGGACUGAGCUGUCACAGUGCCGGGGGCCCUGUGGAUUUCUCCCAUCUCUUCAUCUCUGCUUCCUUCGACUGGACCGUUAAGCUGUGGACCACCAAGAGUACCCGUCCUCUGUAUUUGUUUGAGGACAGCUGUGACUAUGUGUAUGAUGUCAUGUGGUCUCCCACACACCCCGCCCUCUUCGCCUGUGUGGAUGGAUCUGGACGCCUGGACCUGUGGAACCUCAACAACGACACAGAGGUGCCCAGUGCCAGUGUGGUUGUGGAUGGGUCUCCUGCUCUGAACCGUGUUCGCUGGGCUCACUCAGGGAGAGAAAUCGCUACAGGAGACUCAGACGGGCAGGUGCUGGUCUACGACGUAGGAGAGCAAAUCUGUGUGCCCAAGGCAGAUGAGUGGACCCGUUUUGUGCGCACGCUCGUGGAGAUCAACGAGAACCGAGACGAAGGAGACGAGCUCGCCGCGCAGCGCCUACUCGCCUGAUCACCAUGGCAACAGGGUUACUUUGGGACCACGCCCCUCUUGCUUCCAAAUCCUCCCUCUGGUUGGAGCAGGUGUGAUGUCUAUCCCUCAGGGUUGUAGAACGUCAACAGUGUUCUGUCCACAGCUCCUCCAACUCAAGUCCUUUUCUAAAUAUGCAAAACGUACCUUUUCCAGACGUAUGUAUGUUCCCUAUGGGCUGACGAUGUGUGUUUAACUGAUGGUGAAGAACAGAAAAAGAUCACCCAUGCUAUGCACAUUCCAACCUUCAUAGACAAGGACAGCCAUGUCCUCAGGUUUUAGCAACAAUUUUAUUUAUCCAUGCUUUUAUAAUCACAUUCGGUUGCACAUAUUUUAAACAUCACAUUUCUGAAGAUAGCGUUACUAAUAUCCCCUAAACCUUAAUUUAAAAAGCCUUUUUUUUCCUCUCCUAACUAAAAAUAUUCUUCACAGCAAGUUAUGAACCAAAGUUAACUUUUUCUUUGAAAAUGUAAUGUACCUGUAGGGGUCUUAAUAGAAAAACAGUUUUGGUCUCCUUCCUGAAAGCAUGAAUAAUGAAGUCUUCCCUCAUACGAAGAUGUGGACCCAAGCAGAGCCAUAGAUACAGUACAGUGCCUCCGGAAAGUAUUCAGACCCCUUGACUUUAUCCACAUUUUGAUACGUUACAGCAUUGUUCUAAAAUGUAUUAAAUAAAUACAAAUCCUCAGCAAUCUACACACAACCAAAAACAGGUUUAGAUAUUUUUGCAAAAAUAAAACAGAAAUACCUUAAUUACAUUAGUA